AUGCUGCGCCGAGGAGCGGGCGCCCUGGGCUCCCUGCUCCCGGCGACCGCGGCGCGCUGCCUCCGCCGCCCGCUGCCCGCGGCGAGGACCGAGGAGAAUGGGGGACUCGUUUUGCGGGGAUCACAUAAACAGCUUCCUCCGAAGCCUGGUAAAUGGCUUGAUGAUUGGUCGCUAUUACUCGCCCUGAGGUGGAAGGGGGGAGACUCUUUAAAGUGCGUCAGAGGGAGGCGAACGCCUGGGAACCCGGAGGCCUGGAUCCAGGCCCAGAAUGGAACGGAGUCGGCGCCACUGCCCCGGCCGUUCCUCCAGCCGCCCGCCCGGCCGCCGACCUCUUGGUGUCUUCGCCCUGCGCUCCAGGCUAGCUCCCUCGCUCCCGCGGCGCCCGCUGCGGCUUCUCUCCUCCUCCUUCGCCUCCUCCGCUUCCCUCUUCUCCUCCUCUUCCUCGUUCCUCUCCUCCUCCUCUUCCUCCUCCUCUUUCCCCCACCUCCUCCCCCUCAGCCACCGCCUCCUACUGCACCAACACCACUCCCUCCGGGGCACCCGGGUCCCUGCAGAGUCUCAGGGCUGCGCUGCCUUUGCUGCAGACCCCUAGAUCCUAAGCCUGCGGCGCUGGAGCUGAUGAGACUGAAGCACCGACGGACCCGCAAAUUUCUUCACGCCCUGAGCUCCGCUGCGGCUGUCCCCUGGAGGCCCACGCCUGGGUCACUGAGAUGGCUUCGGGCGCCCGGAGAGGGUGAGAAGGCUGAAGGCCAGAGAUGUUGUACACGGUGCCACUUUGCAGUGAUUAGUCCACGAGGAACCUGGACAGCCCAAUCUACUUCUCACCCAGCCUCCAGAGAGCACACUCCAGCCAACAUGAAAGGUUGUAUCAGAAUCUGAAUUAAUGAAAGAGCCAAAAGGGAGGCCACAAAACGACCCCCACGGAGAUCCUAGAGCUAAACUACCCCAUCCUCUUGCUCAGCCAGAAAUCAUCAUGCAACAUGGUUCUUGCGGAGGAGAUGUCAGCUGGGGACUGGAAAGCUUUUCACAGGGAGCGGAUUCAAUAGCUGUGGCCAAUCCACCUCUCUUCCUUCCCCCUCCCUUUCCUCAUCUAGAAUGGGCACGUGAUGUCUGGAGCUUCAGCAGCCAUCACAGACUACCCGUCCAAUUUGAGAUCGGCAAUCAUGGGCUCAGGGUGACUGAACAGAAGGGGAAGGGAGCGAGUCUCGUCUCCUAGGCUGUGCUGUGGAGCUGCCCCACCAACCAUGGACUACCUGCCUUUGGAAUCCUUGUUAGCAAAUAAAUGAAUAAAUACCACCACCACCACCA